AUGGACUGGUGGGAUUACAAAGCUCCCUUGGCUAGCAGCUGGUAUUGGAGGAAAAUGGUGGCUGUUAAGGAUAUGUUUAAAGCUAAAAUUGAUAAGGCAUCUUUUGCAGCACUGAAGUUCAGUAUCAAAGUAAGUCAUGAUUUGUUGUUUGAUUCUCCUCUCAAAGUGCACUGGGAAAAGUAUGUUUGGGAGAGGUUUUCUGUACCAAAACACAAAUUUGUCUUCUGGUUAGCCAUGAUGCAGAGAUUGCGCACCAGAAUAUUCAUUCAAAAGUAUGAUUCCUCCAUUGAUCCAUCAUGCUUAUUCUGUGGAGAUUAUAGUGAAGAUGUGCAUCACCUAUUUUUUCAAUGCAAAUAUAGUAGACAAUGUCUAGUACAGGUGAAAGAAUGGCUGGGUUGGAAAGUUAAAACAGAGGAAUAUGGACGCCUGCUGCAUUGGAUUGGGAAAACUAGGAGAUGGAGCAGGUUUCGGAAAAGCACUUUGACAGCAGUUAUUGCUUCUUUGAUUUAUCAUAUUUGGAGAGUGAGAAAUGACAUUCUGUGGUCACAAAAGGUUUGGUCCAUAGAUCAUACAGUCCAAGCAGUACAAAGAGAUAUAAGAUUGAGGACAUACACUUUAAUUUCAAGCAAAGCAAAGUCCUUAGAUAAAGAUUGGUUUCAGGGAAUUUGUCAAAGUAGUUAA